UGUUAAUGACGAUUGUACAUUUUCGUUUUAUUUUGCAAUUAACAGAUUUUAAAUCUGGAAUUCUUUGAAUUGAACUAACAAAGGAAAAUUUUUCGUAGCAUAUCUGCAACUUUCAAUAUAAUGUGAAAGACUGCUUGAGGUGAGAACUCAGAGAAGUAAUAAAAAAACAUCAAAGACCACAAAACAAAUGACAUUGAGUUAAUCUGAAUGUACAUUUUCUGAUAAAAAUGGGGCUGGAUCAUUUGGAGACCUGCAAGCUGAGACUGCAGCAGCAGGAAGAUGUGGAAGCUUACAAACUGCCCAUCAAAUCUUUUGAGGAUGAAGAAAAUGAUGGUGCUUGUAACAACUUUGACCAGGAUUAUCUCAUUGCUCAGGCUGAGGUACUGUUUAAAAAGGGAGCCAUAUAUCAAAAGAUUGAGUCUGUCAUGCAGAUUAUUCCACAGAAUUUAUCACCACCAUCAUCACCAGUUGCAGCAGCUGUUAGCAAUGAAGACUUCAGUACUCUUUCUACUGCUGCCACCACUGCUACUACAACAAAUAUACCUACCACCUUCAACAAUUAUUUCACUGCCAGCAACAACAAUAUUACUACUAAUAAUAAUGUUAAUUAUGAUGCUUCUAACUCCAGCAUUAAUGGUGAUAAUGCCCCAGAUGUCUUCUUGGAGAGGAGUCUGGCUAUCAGCUCAUUGAGAUUUCUUAAUAUUUUUUAUAGUUUGCCAUCAGAAGUAUUCUUUUUGUCACAGAGUUUAUUUGAUAGUCUUAUAAGCAAGCUUCAAGUGAAAUAUUAUCCAAUUGUUCAUGUGUCUUGUUUCUUCAUUGCCGUUUCGACGUGUGGCUACCUCGGAAGGUCGAUCAGACUGGACGAGGUUCUCAAGUUCACCCAGUGCGAUGCCGCAGUCGACCAACUCUAUUCAACCACAGGCCUUAUCGUUGCCAAUCUGCAGUGCAAUAAUGUUGCUUCAUACCCAUCUUCACUCUCCAUUUUGAGACUGUUCCUCGAGAUUAUUCUCCUCGACGUCAGGGAGGACAUCUGCAGUGAGGUACUCGCCGACAUCGUCAGCAAGCUGGAAGUCAUUGCAUGUCAUCAUUUGUUCCUGAAAUAUCGUGUUCGUUUUUAG